GAGCCAUGUUUGAUCAGGACUGCGGGAAGGUCAGCUCCAUCCUGGGGACCCUUGUAAGGACAUGAGUUGUUGAGCAGAGGCCAGGAUGAAGCUGCUGCCAGGAGUGGGUGUGUUCGGGACUGGCAGCUCAGCCCGGGUCCUAGUCCCGCUUCUGAGGGCAGAGGGCUUCACCGUGGAGGCCCUGUGGGGAAAGACUGAGGAAGAGGCAAAGCAGCUGGCCGAGGAGAUGAACAUUGCCUUCUAUACCAGCCGGACGGAUGAUGUUUUGCUGCAUCAAGACGUAGACCUGGUUUGCAUCAAUAUCCCACCUCCGCUCACCCGGCAGAUAUCCGUGAAGGCUCUAGGAAUUGGGAAGAACGUGGUGUGCGAGAAGGCAGCGACAUCCGUGGACGCCUUCCGGAUGGUGACUGCAUCUCGCUACUACCCACAGCUGAUGAGCCUGGUGGGGAAUGUGCUGCGCUUCCUGCCUGCUUUCGUGCGCAUGAAACAGCUGAUUGCGGAGCAUUACGUGGGGGCCGUGAUGAUCUGUGACGCCCGCGUCUACUCCGGGAGCCUGCUCAGCCCCAGCUAUGGCUGGGUAUGUGAUGAGCUUAUGGGUGGCGGGGGCCUGCACACCAUGGGUACCUAUAUCGUGGACCUGUUGACUCACUUGACUGGCCAGAAAGCCGAGAAGGUGCAUGGUCUCCUCAAGACCUUUGUGAGGCAGAAUGCCACCAUCCGUGGCAUCCGGCAUGUCACCAGUGAUGACUUCUGUUUUUUCCAGAUGCUCAUGGGUGGGGGGGUGUGCAGCACAGUGACACUCAACUUCAACAUGCCAGGUGCCUUUGUGCAUGAGGUCAUGAUAGUGGGCUCGGCAGGGCGCCUUGUUGCGCGGGGAGCCGACCUCUAUGGGCAGAAGAACUCUGCGGCACAGGAGGAGCUGCUUGUGAGAGAUUCGCUGGCUGUGGGCGCAGGGCUCCCUGAGCUGGGUCCCCAGGAUGUCCCAUUGCUUUACUUGAAAGGUAUGGUCUAUAUGGUUCAGGCCUUGCGUCAGUCCUUCCAGGGGCAGGGGGAUCGCCGUACCUGGGACCGCACCCCUGUCUCUAUGGCUGCCUCAUUUGAGGACGGACUGUAUAUGCAGAGCGUGGUAGAUGCCAUUAAAAGGUCCAGCCGAUCUGGGGAGUGGGAAACUGUGGAGAUGCUGACGGAGGAGCCGGAUGCCAACCAGAACCUAAGUGAAACACUUCAGCGGAACAACCUGUGAACCAGCACAUGAGCUCCCUCCCAUGGGGCGGAGGGGUCAGGGAGGGCACUGAGAACUGAUUGGCUAUAGCAGAGACACGGUGUCUUUUGUUUAAUAAAUCAGCUUGGGCCAGGGUUAGGAGCCAACUGAAGGUGGCCAAGGAAAAAGCCCGUCAGUCCGUCAUUGACUCCUCAGACUUGCAAGGCAGCAAACGUUCCUGCCGUCAUAGCUUAGGCUAGCAGUGUGCGCAGGACAGGGCUGUAGCCUGGCCCCUUGCGGUUCUGCCAGCGAGCAGGACCAGUGAAGGUCAAUCUGUGGGCUCUUCCGGCUGAGUUGUGGUCUCACAGGAUGAGAAAGCCCAAUAAGGAACUAGCUUGGUUGAGUCCUAAGGGGAGAUGGCAAGAAGUCUGUCUUGGACCAGGGCAUCUCAGGACUGGAGAGGGUGACAGGUCAUCCCUUAGGGAUCUUCCCCCACCCUUCCAUGUGAUCAGACCCUUUCAGCCCCCUUGCAAGCCCUUCCAGGAGAAAAGGAGUUUCUGUGUUAUGCAUAACUUUAGGGAGGAGGGGCCCUGACUUGGCAGAGAGGAGACAAAGGGGAACUGUAGAACAUCUGAGAAAUGUCAGUAAAUAAGUCGGAAAAAAAGUGA